GUCUGCGUUUCUUCCAUCUCUCCACACCCAACCCACCGCCAUGGCCACCGCAAGAGCACACGGUCUUCGACGUCCCGGCUCCACCCCGUCAAGCGACUCCCAGGCACAGCUCAGCGGUUUGGUCGAGCAGACCCUGGAUGUCCAGCGCGAGUCUGAGAAGGUUCUCGGCAGCGCUGUCGCCACCGCCCACUCGGCCCUGGAGACGGGCAUCGACAACUCCAGGCUGCUGCACGCACAAGGAGAGCAACUCAAGCGUAUCGACAAGAAGCUCGAUGUCCUCGACAACGAACUCGACUCUGCCGAGAAACAAAUGUCAUACUUUCAGAAAGUUAGCCGCAGCUUCCUGCUUCCCGUCAUCGGCAAGCGGCCGCCGGCACCCGAAACGCUCAAGCUCGCCAAGGACGCCAUCGAGAUCCAAAAACCGCCCGUGGUGAACGGCCAGCCGCUGUAUGGCCCCCGAACCGCGCGCUCGCUUCCGGAACGAUACCGGGCCGAGGACCUCGAGGCGAUGAGAAAGUACGUCGGCGCCUGGGCAUCCGAGGAGCAACAGCAGGAAAGCGCCAUGAUCGAGUCGCGCAUCGACGGGCAUCUGGACGGGCUGGCGGAUAUUACGGCGUCGCUGCACCAGAUUGCCUCAGACCAGGGCGAGGAGCUCCGGAAGCAGAACCAGCUGUUGUCAUCGAUGAACUCGCGGGUAGACGGCCAGCUGGAUCGCACAAAUGUCCUCAACCAGAAGGCCGGCAAAGCUCUGCGGUCCGCGUAACAAGCCAAUCGUAUUGGUGGCGGCCAGUUGUCACUCUCUACAGAGGGCGAUGCUAGUUGCAUCGCCUGGAUCGCCUGGAUCGCCUGGCUCUGCUCGGCUCCGCUUGGAACUCGGGCGCCCAGCCCGCUGUGUGCUCCACCUGGCCCUUCCCGACGGCAUUUUCAGGUCUCAUGACUCAUCCGAAUAAUCUAUAUGUUCAUGCAAAAUCGCUGCUGGUCGUUGCAGGGGACCCUUCCUGUUACUUGAAGACGACGGGGCUUUUGGCGCCAUGCUCGAUACAUAUG